CAGCUCUACUCUUCUGCCUUUUUAUUUAUUCAACCAGCCCCACGACAACCCACCCUUCCACGUGUCACUCCCUCUCACUAUCUUCUUGUCGCUCUCAAGAACCGAAUUCCACCCACAAUCCCGAUGGCAAAUGCUCUAAAACCAAAAGAUCCCAUUUCAACUUCACUCUUUUAAGACACCCUAAUUCCUAUACCCAUUUUUAUUUCCAAAUUUUUGCUUUUAUUUUUUUGAUAUUUGGGUUUGUCUGGGUUUCGUUUCUAUUCUUUACUUGGAGAUGUACGUGGGUUCCAUGCGAAAGUCGUUUAAAGAUUCUCUUAAAGUUCUUGAAGCCGAUAUUCAACAUGCUAAUACUCUGGCAUCGGAUUUUCCGAGGGAGUAUGAUGGUCCUUGCCUUCAGAUGAGAAUGUCAUACAGUCCAGCUGCACACUUGUUCCUGUUUUUAGUGCAGUGGACAGAUUGCAACCUAGCUGGAGCCCUUGGACUGUUAAGAAUACUAAUUUACAAGGUUUAUGUGGAUGGAACAACCACCAUGUCUACCCAUGAAAGAAAAGCAAGCAUCAGAGAGUUCUAUGCGGUAAUUUAUCCCUCUUUAUUGCAACUCCAAAGAGGUGUUACAGAUACAGAAGAUAAGAAGCAGAAGGCUAUGUGCAUGGAAAGAUACCGAAAAAGAGAUGAUGAGACUAACAGGCAACUUACAGAUGUAGACAUUGAAAGAGAAGAAGAAUGUGGAAUAUGCAUGGAGAUGAAUAGUAAGAUCGUGUUGCCCAACUGCAAUCAUGCCAUGUGCUUGAAAUGUUACCAUGAAUGGCGAACAAGGUCGCAGUCAUGCCCCUUUUGUCGUGACAGUCUGAAGCGAGUGAAAUCUUGUGAUCUCUGGGUAUAUACAGAUAGCAGGGACAUAAUUGAUAUGGCAACGGUGACCCGGGAGAACCUUAAAAGGCUCUUCAUGUAUAUAGACAAGUUGCCACUGGCUGUUCCCGAUCACCUUUUUGAUUCAUAUGAUUCCCACCUGAGAUAGGCAAUGAUGAUAAGUACCACCAUUCUGUUGCACUCAAACAAGUAAUUUUCUCUCAUUUCGUUUAGUUACAUAAGGUCCGAAAUUCAUUCGGAGAAAUGUAGGUAACAAAGAGCAGCAGUGACUUUCUUCCCACUUCUCUUAAGAAGAACCCAGCCUGAGAUAGUUUAUUUAGGAAGGGGUUCAUGAAAAAUUGUAUUUAGUUCAUUUGUACAUGAUUGUAUAGCUUGAAGUUUGCUUACAAAAAGCUUUUCAACGUGCUCUGCUUCUUCUUUUAUGGUGUUGAGCAUCUGCUGUUGAUUUGUACAAAUUGUUAAUGUCAGCCUCAAAGCUUUUUUUAAGUAAAUGCUUGUUAUUGGAUUCA